AUGGAAUCCAGAAUGAUUGCAGGUGAAAAAUUGCUGUUUUUCUCUUUUCCAGUUCGACCUGUGGAGCUAAGCCUACGUUUCAAAUACGACACUAAGCUGUCGUGCCUCAGAGAAGGGUUUUUCCGGAAUCCAUUGAACUGUAGUAGGUUUUAUCGCUGUGUCGAUUUCGACGGAUAUGGGAAACGGUUUACAUUGUUUAAUUUUGACUGUCCAAAAGGGUUGGUUUUUGACGAACAAGAAAAUCUGUGUAAUUGGCCAUCCGUUGCUCCUCCUUGUGACAAUGUGGGGAUAUGGGACCCAAAUUCCACUACAGAAAAGCCUUCUGAAGAUCAAGAAACUACACAGAAGCCAAUUACAGCAACUGAUGACAAUGAAGCAUCAGUAAGAACUGGUGACACCACAGAAGAAGGCGCUUCCUCUCCAAGUGACAGUGGCUCUACAGAAGAAAGCGUCUCAACUCCAAGUGGUAGUAAUUCCACAGAAGAAGAAGGCACUUCAUCUCCAAGUGACAGUGGUUCUGCAGAAGAUAGUGACUCAUCUGCUGAAAGUGAUGAGAUCACACAAGAUGAAACCUCAUCUUCUAGUGAUAAUAGUGAUACUCCACAAGAUUCUGUUAAAGACGUUGAAAGUAUUUUUUGUUAUGAACCAGGAUUUUUCAGGCAUCCUUCAAAUUGUAGUAAGUUUUAUAGGUGUGUUAAUACUUCAUUAGAAGGCCCCCCUUAUUAUAUCUAUUUCUACGAGUGUCCAAAAGGUCUUUGGUUUGAUGAAAGUUACUACUCUUGUAAUUGGCCAUACAUGGUACCUUCUUGUAACACUGAUGAUUCGUCUGUAAUUCAAAAAGGAAAAGAUUCAGAUCUUAGAUCUAAAGUUCCUGGAAAAUCUGAAACACAUGUAGCCUUCUAUAGUCACCCCUCCAGAAAUGCUAUUCAAAAUGAUAAUCAUAGAGGAGGCUUUUUGACAGCCAUAAAUCCAGAUGUCUCAAGACUGGUCUGCUUACGUGAAGGUUUCUUUCGCCAUCCCAAUAACUGUAAAAAGUUCUAUGGUUGCUCUGAUUUAACAGGUACAGCUAUGACCUUUAAUGUUUUACAGUACGACUGUCCUGAUGAAUUAGUUUUUGAUGAAGCUACCUGCUCCUGCAGAUUACCACAAUUUGCUCCACCCUGUGAAAACAGUGCGUCUGACAAUCCUCAAACUGGAGAAAUGGUAGGUGUAUCUGAACCAUCGUCACCUGCUGAACAAGAUAGUCCAUCUGACUCCAAAGAAGGAGGAGACAAUCAAUAUCCAGAUUCUCCAGUAGGUUCUGAUAUACCCCCUGGUUCUGAGAUUUCUGGACCAGAUGAUAGCUUAUCAUCGUCAUUGCAAGAAACUGGUGAUGGUCAAACAUCAAAACAGAUAUCAUGUUCAAAGGCCGGGUUUUUUCGUCAUCCAGAAAACUGUCAUAAAUUUUACAGGUGUGUUAACCUGACAGAAACUGGAGAACCCUUUGCUAUUUAUAUGUUUGACUGUCCAGGUGGUCUUGUUUUUGACGAAACUAUCGAAAGCUGUAAUUGGCCAAAUAAGGCACCUCUGUGUGAUAGUCAACAAACAUCUAUAGGUUCUGAUGAAAUACCACUAUCACCAGGCCAAGAAAGAAUACAAGAUGAUACUAAAGCAAAAGACCAGAAUUCUAAAUCAGGUCCAGAUCAACCUGAUUCGAGUAAAUCAGAAACAGGCUCCAGUCCUGAAGCUGACAAUGAAAUCGGACAACCUCCACCAGAAGGGGAGGAAACAGAGCCAAUCCAAGGGGAAAGUAACCCACAAGUAGAUGAUGUUCCAGAAGGAGGUCCGCGAACACAGCCUGUAUCAGAAGAACCACCUCAAGGAGAGACUGUAUUGAUAGGGAAUGAAAAUGAUGAAAAUUUAGCUAGAGAAUCUUCAGGGUCUGACCAAACAUCAGCUUCAGAAUCCUCACAAAAACCUACAGGUGCAUCUGAAUGCACCAAAGCUGGAUUCUUCCGUGAUCCCAAUGAUUGUACUCGAUUUUAUAGAUGUGUAGAGCAAGGUCAAAUAUUCAUUAAGUAUAAGUUUAACUGUCCAGAUGACCUUGUUUUUGAUGAACGUCAUGGCGUUUGCAAUUGGGCUAGUAAAGCUCCACUUUGUGAAACAAAAGGAUCACAAGCUAGAAAUUCGACACCUGAAAGCGAAUUACAAUCAGAAAAUUCUACAUCAGAAAGUGGACCGUCCUCAGGAGAUGUUUUACCUGAAAUUGAAUCAACUUCAGAGAUUUCUACUACAGUCAGUGGACCUCCUUCGGGAGCGCCGUCUGACUCGUCUAAAGAAAGUAGCAAAUCAUCCCACGAAAGCAGUUCUCUCUGUCUAGAAGUAGGGUUCUUUCGAAAUCCACGUGAUUGUCACAAAUUUUACAGAUGUGUGGACUUUGGAGGAAACGAUGGACAUUUUAGUAUAUUUGAGUUUGACUGCCCAGAUGGACUUGUCUUUGAUGAACGUGAAAGUAUUUGUAAUUGGCCCGAUCAGUCCCCUCCCUGCAAUGAAAACACUGCCUGCCCACCAACUGAUAGCUCAGAAAACAGUACUGACGAUGGAGAAACUGAAGGGACAACUAUACCUACAGACAUAACGACAGAGUCAACGGAAACUACAACCCAGGGGAAUGUGAUUGUGGAUGUCGGGAGUUUAUAUGAUUGUCAAGUGUCAGGUAAUUUUCCAUUCGAAUCUGACUGCGUAAGAUUUUACAGAUGCGAAGAAAGGGCAUCUGGCCUCAUAGGGCUGCUUUAUCGUUGUCCAGACGGCUAUAUUUUUGAUGAGAAAAUAGCUCUUUGUAGAAAAAAACCUAAUGAUUUUGUUUGCACCAAAAGUCCACCCAAUUUACUGAUUUACAGGGCUGACUCGUUUAUUUUGGAUCAUGCUAUCCUUGCAAGCUCUAACUUUUUGUUUGAUUAA